GCGGCCGGCCGCAGCGAGCAAUGGCCUGAGCCCCCAUGGCUGCCCCUCAGGACCUGGACAUCGCUGUGUGGCUGGCGGCAGUACACCUGGAGCAGUAUGCAGACACGUUCCGUCAGCAUGGCCUGGCUACAGCGGGUGCAGCCCAAAGCCUGGGCCCUGAGGAGCUGAGGCAGUUGGGCAUCAGCGCCACAGGGCACCGGAAACGCAUCUUACGCCUGCUGCAAGCAGGCACUGCAGAGAGUUCCCAGGAUCCUCACUUGGAUAAUACCAUGGAACCAUCCCCCAGCCCCACCCCCCAAGCCCAGCCCUCGAAGCCCGUGCCCAAGCCCAGGACAGUGUUUAGUGGGCUUAGUGGUCCUGCCACCACCCAGAGGCCUGGGCUAAGCUCAACUUUCUGGGGACCAGAAGUGUCCAGGAGCUCACAGUCAAGCCCGAGGUCUCCUCCUCUCCUUACCUCCUCCUCUGAGCAUUCUUCGGCCCAGAAUACCAUGGAGAUGAUGCCCAACACCAUUUACUUUGGCCUGGACUUAAAAGGCGGGCCCCAAGCAGCUCAGGACGAAACUCCAGACAGUCUUCAGACAACUGUCCCCACCCCUGCCCUCAGACCCACAACAGGCACAGUGCACAUCAUGGAUCCUGGUUGCCUGUACUAUGGUGUCCAGCCUGUGGGGGUCCCAGGAGCCCCAGACAGGAGAGAAGGCAGAAUUGUCUGCCAAGAAAGGGCUGAACACAGACCCAGCAGACAGAAUCUGGAGGCACGGGAGGAUGCUGGCUAUGCCAGUCUAGAACUACCUGGGGACUCUGCCCUUUCACUCCCUACCCUGGAGCCAGAAGAAACCAGUGAUGACCUCAUUUCACCCUAUGCCAGCUUCUCCUCCACAGCAGACCGCCCCACUCCCCUGCUCAGUGGCUGGCUGGACAAGCUCUCGCCUCAGGGAAACUAUGUCUUUCAGAGACGCUUUGUGCAGUUCAAUGGGAGAAGUCUGAUGUACUUUGGCAGUGACAAGGACCCCUUCCCCAAGGGUGUGAUUCCUCUGACUGCCAUUGAGAUGACUCGCAGCAGCAAAGACAACAAGUUCCAGGUCGUUACUGUCCAGAGGGUGUUCGUGUUCCGCACAGAGAGUGAGGCUCAGAGGGACACGUGGUGCUCUACACUGCAGUCCUGCCUGAAGGAGCAGCGCCUCCUGGGCAACCCUCGACCCCCUCACCCACCACGACCCCUCCGCACUGGCAUGCUGGAGCUGCGUGGACACAAGGCCAAGGUAUUUGCUGCCUUGAGCCCUGGAGAGCUGGCACUGUACAAGAGUGAGCAGGCCUUCUCCCUGGGCAUUGGGAUCUGCUUCAUUGAACUGCAAGGCUGCAGUGUCCGAGAGAUCAAGAGUCGAAGCUUUGACCUGCUCACACCACAUCGCUGCUUCAGCUUCACAGCUGAUUCUGGCGGGGCUCGGCAGAGCUGGGCAGCUGCUCUGCAAGAAGCAGUAACUGAGACCCUGUCUGACUAUGAGGUGGCUGAGAAGAUCUGGUCAAAUCGGGCAAACCGGCAUUGUGCAGACUGUGGGGCCUCCCGCCCAGACUGGGCUGCCAUCAACCUGGGGGUAGUCAUCUGCAAACAGUGUGCAGGUCAGCACCGGGCCCUGGGCUCUGGGAUCUCCAAGGUGCAAAGCCUGAAGCUGGACACAAGCGUCUGGAGCAAUGAGAUAGUGCAGUUGUUCAUUGUCCUAGGAAAUGAUCGUGCCAACCGCUUCUGGGCAGGAGCACUACCCCCAGGUGAAGGGCUGCAUCCAGAUUCAGCCCCUGGUCCCCGGGGAGAGUUCAUCUCCCGAAAGUACAGGCUGGGUCACUUCCGGAAGCCCCACCCUCAGCAUCCAGAUCAUAGCCAGCUUCUGCAGGCAUUGUGUGCAGCCAUGGCUGGACCCAACCUGCUGAAGACCAUGACCCAGCUUCUCUGUGUUGAGGCCUCUGAGAGCGAGGAGCCCUGGUCCCCCUCAGCCCUCAAUGGCAGCUUACUUAGCCUUCUUCCCCCAGAUCCCUCCCCUGGUGUGUACAAUGAAGUGGUGGUACCUGCCACUUACAGCAGCUUCCUGUACUGCAGCCCGAUCAGCAACAAGGCUGGAGCCCCACCCCUUCGUAGGGGCCGGGAUGCUCCUCCCCGCCUGUGGUGCGUGCUGGGCGCUGCAUUGGAAAUGUUUGCAUCAGAAAGCAGCCCUGAACCCCUCAGCCUCAUCCAGCCCCAGGAUGUUGUAUGUCUGGGUGUGAGCCCCCCACCUGCUGACCAAAGUGAUCUCGACAGGUUCCCCUUUUCCUUCGAGCUCAUCCUCACUGGGGGGAGGAUCCAGCAUUUUGGCACAGAUGGAGCAGACAGUCUGGAGGCCUGGACCAGUGCAGUGGGCAAGUGGUUCUCCCCACUCAGCUGUCACCAGCUGCUGGGCCCUGGGCUGCUCCGGCUAGGCCGCCUGUGGCUUCGGUCUCCCUCCCAUGCAGCCCUGGACCCUGGCCUCUGGCUGUCAGGGUUCGGCCUUCUUCGUGGUGACCACCUCUUCCUGUGUCCAGCGCCGGGCCCUGGCCCUCCAGCCCCUGAGGACAUGGUGCAUUUACGGCGUCUACAGGAGAUAAGUGUGGUCUCUGCAGCUGACACUCCAGACAAAAAGGAGCAUUUGGUCCUGGUAGAAACAGGAAGGACCCUGUAUCUGCAGGGGGAAGGUCGGCUAGACUUUACAGCAUGGAAUACAGCCAUAGGGGGUGCUGCUGGUGGGGGUGGCACAACGCUUCAGGAGCAGCAGAUGAGCCGGGGUGACAUCCCCAUCAUUGUGGAUGCCUGCAUCAGUUUUGUCACUCAGCAUGGGCUCCGGCUAGAAGGGGUAUAUAGAAAAGGGGGUGCUCGGGCCCGCAGCCUUCGACUAUUGGCUGAGUUUCGGCGGGAUGCUCGGUCAGUGAAACUCCGACCAAGGGAACACUUUGUGGAAGAUGUUACCGACACACUGAAACGAUUCUUUCGAGAACUUGAUGACCCUGUGACCUCUGCUCAGUUACUGCCUCGCUGGAGGGAAGCUGCAGAGCUGCCCCAGAAGAAUCAGCGCUUGGAGAAAUACAAAGAAGUGAUUGCCUGCCUGCCUCGGGUCAACCGCCGUACGCUGGCCACCCUCAUCGGGCAUCUCUAUCGGGUACAAAAGUGUGCAGCUCUGAACCAGAUGUGCACAAGGAACCUGGCCCUACUGUUUGCACCAAGUGUGUUCCAGACAGAUGGACGAGGGGAGCAUGAGGUGCGGGUGCUUCGGGAACUCAUCGAUGGCUACAUCCAUGUCUUUAAUAUUGAUUCUGACCAGGCAGCUCAGAUUGAUUUGGAAGUCAGUCUGAUCACCACCUGGAAGGAUGUACAGCUGUCCCAGGCUGGAGAUCUCAUCAUGGAAGUUUAUAUAGAGCAGCAGCUUCCAGACAACUGUGUCACUCUGAAGGUUUCACCCACACUAACUGCUGAGGAACUGACUAACCAGGUACUGGAGAUUCGAGGGACAGCAGCAGGGACAGACUUGUGGGUGACAUUUGAGAUUCUUGAGCAUGGAGAGCUUGAGCGGCCGCUGCACCCCAAGGAAAAGGUCCUAGAGCAGGCCCUGCAAUGGUGCCAGCUUCCAGAGCCCUGCUCAGCCUCCUUGCUCCUGAGAAAGGUCUCCCUGGCGCAGGCUGGCUGCCUCUUCACUGGGAUCCGUCGUGAGAGCCCACGGGUGGGGCUGUUACGGUGUCGUGAGGAGCCGCCUCGCUUGCUGGGAAGCCGCUUCCAGGAGAGGUUCUUUCUGCUGCGUGGACGCUGCCUGCUGCUGCUCAAGGAGAAGAAGUGCUCUAAACCAGACCGGGAGUGGCCUCUGGAAGGUGCCAAGGUUUACCUGGGAAUCCGCAAGAAAUUAAAGCCUCCAACACCGUGGGGCUUCACUCUGAUACUGGAGAAGAUGCAUCUCUACUUGUCCUGCACUGAUGAGGAUGAGAUGUGGGAUUGGACCACUAGCAUCCUUAAAGCCCAGCAUGAUGACCAGCAGCCAGUGGUCAUACGACGCCGUUCCUCCUCUGACCUGGCCCGUCAGAAGUUUGGCACUAUGCCCUUGCUGCCCAUCCGUGGGGAUGACAGUGGAGCCACCCUUCUCUCUGCCAACCAGACCCUGCGGCGCCUGCACAACCGGAGGACCCUGUCCAUGUUUUUUCCAAUGAAGUCAUCCCAGGAGUCUGUGGAGGAGCAUAAUGAGCUAGAGGAGCCCGUGUACGAGGAGCCUGUGUAUGAGGAGGUUGGGACCUUCCCUGAGCUCACCAAAGAUACCUUGACUUCCUCCCUCAACCAGUGGGAGUGGACAGCCAAGCCAGAGACCCUUCCCACCAGCCAAACAUCCUCUGAUCAACCCCUCCUCUCCAAGGCAAGCAUUCUGGGCCAGGAGGAAAGGACACCUGGCCCUCCUUCAAAGAGCAGCUCCCAAGCACGGGGGUCCCUGGAAGAGCAGCUUCUCCAGGAACUCAACAACCUCAUCCUGAGGAAGGGAGAAACCACCCUAUGCACAGAAAGCCCUUCUCAGUCUCCCAGCUGCCAACCCCCCAGUCCCACCAACCUUCCAACACAGACACCGGCCCUCCCCACUCAACUUCCUUGCACUUCCAGUCCACCCUCCAGCCAGCCCCUCACAUGAUUCUAGGGCCAGCAGCUGAAGGGGUAGGUAAUCAGAGGAGGAGCCAGGCUCUCACCAUGGCAGACAGUGCUAGGAGCACCCUCUACCUUGGCUGGAAAACUUCAGAAUCCAGUAUGGUAGCAUGGAAGGAGCACUGCACUGAGGGCCCUGGAGGCUGUACACAGCUCAUGGACCCUCUCUGGGCACAGCCAUUUAUCUGUACAGUGAAGUUACUGAGAAAAGGGGACAGUGAACAUAGAACUGUUCAUCAGCUAUAAGCCUCUAUAUAUAUAUCAGUGUGUGUGUGUGUAUAUCUAUCUAUAUAUUUUUUUUUUUGAAGCAGGGUCUUACUCUAGUCCAAGUUGACAUGGAACUUACUCUAUAGCUCAGGCUAGCCUUGAAACAGCCAUCCUCCUACCUCAGCCUCCUGAGUGCUGAGAUUAAAGACAUGUACCCCUGUGCCCAGUCCCCCCAUAUUUCCCUCACAAGGGCAGCUCCUGCUAAAUAUAUAUUUGAUAUGAGGGGUUCAGUGAGAGAUUUGGGGCACAAGGAUGGUUUUACAAAACAGGGUUGGAAGCUAGAAGCAUAGAAGAUGUGCAAGUCUAUCCUGUCCCACUUCCUACAUGCUGAGACUGCAGAAGUCCUGAAGUGGGAGGAUUGAUUGGUGCUGGGAACUGGGGCAGAGAGGAGCCAAAGAAGGAUGUUAAUAAAUCUUAGAAC